GGACGCACCGACUAGGACUCUAUAGGUACCGUAAAGUACAUACACGUGCAAUAAUCAGUACCAGUACUCGAUUACCACAAUCGCAAUACACAGCAGGUACGGAGUACUUGGUCCUGGUACAGAAGCGAGAGUGCUCCCGACCACUCCAGUGCACAUUGCCUCUGCCUCGGAGCCUCUCUGCUUGGGACAGAGAUAGCGUACGAGUAAGCGUGGGCAUACAGACAGGGUACAAGUACGGAGUCAGCAUAGGUACUCGAGUAGGGAAUCACUAUGGUCCUCCACACCCUCAUCACUGGUCGGGAGAGAGUCGCAUCAUCCGCCACCAAUUUCUUGCAGAAGCUGGGAAUAGAUGUCUCGGCAGCCAAUGGCACGGUAAUCCGGGACGCAUCCAACGGUCUUUGCGGGUGAGGUAAGGUCCCGGCAACAUCUUCUAGGCCAUGUGAUGGACAACACUGCCAACCGCCAACCCCUCUGCUGGAUGCUGGAUGCUGGAUGGUGGAUGGUGGAUGGUGGAUGCUGGAUGCUGGAUGCUGGAUGCUGGAUGGAUGCUGGAUGGAUGCUGGAUGGAUGCUGGAUGGAUGCUGGAUCCGUUCUCUGGUAGAGUCUACGAGGCUGCCAGUAGAGCGUUGCAGUCUUGCAGAGCAUUGCAGAUGCUUGGAAGGCUUGCAAACCCUGGGUACGAGUCGCGGGGAACAGUCGCAUGGCUUGGGAUAGAGCAAGAGCAAUGUUGAGGGCGUCUGCGGUGCAACCGCGUCAAAGAGUGCCGGCAUACAUGACGCUGUGGCCGUGGCCGUGGUUGUAGCCCGAAGAAGUUAUUGAGAAUCUGAUGGCCGUGGAGAUCCGGGUAGAGGUAGAUACCAGAGAGUAGUGAUGUCUCCAAUUUCUCUGAUGAUGUUGAGUACUGUGUGGGUGAUUACCAUGGUAAGGUUCUAGUGGUUGAAGUUCGAGUCGUCGUUGUUCUGGUGGUCGUGGAUGCCAAAAACGCCUCAACCGACCGUUUUUGCUCAACGUUCCUCUGCGUACUCGUCUCGUGCAGUAGCUACAGACGACAGUACAGUAGUUGCCUUGUAUUCUCCUUUUUUUCCGAGGCCACGACGGUGCGGUGGGACAGCAGUCGGUUGAGAGCAUCUCCGGAAAACAACCCUCACCCUCACCCUCACCCCCUCAGCCAACUCUAACCUGAGAAUCCUCUCUCUCUCUCUCUUCUCUACUCUCACAUCUACCACGCUACAGUAGUACCACGAGUACAUACACUCUACUCUCACCCUCACAUACUCUUACAUACUUCGAGCUACGGUACGGUACUGACAGUCACUAUCCCAUUCGGACAUUCCAUCCCAUCCCAUCCCAUCCCAUCCCAUCCACCCCGCCCGCAUCCACCUCCUCCAGCCCUCCACUUCCGCCUCCACUUCAGGACGACAAAACAUUCAGCCAAUCCACCAUGACAGCGGCAGCCACCCUGCAACCACUCCCCCCUCCCUCCCUCAUCCUCCUCUCCAUCCCACUCUUUCCCUGUGCCCCCGACUAAGCUGUACCGGAGGCAGCACGCCUAAGGUACUCCUUCGAGGUACCCAAAAGAUACCAUGACUCGGCCAGCGCUAGACGGUCUAGCUUCAUACGAGUGAAUCAAAGAAUUCACAGUGCCGGUAAAAGUCCACUUCCACUUCGCCCUUCGGCGCGUGGGAUAGCUGGUCCCGAACUACCCAACAACCACCCCACCAAACAAGCCUCGAAUCCCAUUCACUACCCGCCGAUUAGUGUUAUUCAUGCCUACCAGCCAAUCUAAAGCCCGCCCUUAAAACGCCCUCAAAUACAUUGCCGUAGUUCCUUAGCCCUACCGCCACAUCUACUUCCACAAGUUCCUCUUUUUGCUUCGACUCUCCCCUCUUCUUCCAACCACUUUCUGCACCACUUCACAAAGAUGGCUACACCUUCAGUACGGGACUUUCCUUCGAUCAAAGCCAUUAGGACCUUUGUUGUCGAUGGUGUCGGAUCUGGAGGAGACUACCACAAUGUUGCCGGCGGUCAUUGGUAAGACAAUAUGAUAUGCAAGGAACUAUUACAACGCUGACCGCACGACAGGCUGAUUGACACCCCCAUUUCGACACCCAUGUCAAGAUGGGAAGAAUAUAGAGCCUCAAGAACGACUUGGGGAAUCAAUGUUCUAGGCUCUUUCUGUGUGGAGAUUGAGGGGUCGGAUGGUACCAUUGGCUUUGCGACUGGUUUUGGAGGUAAUGAUUUCUCGAUACGAUGAAAGAACCUAUGUGCUAAGUAACAGCAGGUCCCCCAGCAUGUUGGCUUGUUCAUCAACAUUUCGAGCGUUUCCUAAUCGGCGCCGACCCACGAAACACAAACCAUCUUUUUGAGCAGAUGUAUCGAGGAGCUAUGUUCUAUGGACGAAAAGGACUUCCAAUUGCUGUCAUUUCUGUCAUUGAUCUUGCGAUUUGGGACCUUCUCGGAAAGAUACGAAACGAACCGGUGUAUAAGAUGAUUGGAGGAGCUACCCGUAAUCGUUUAGAUUUCUAUUGCACUGGUCCAGAACCAACUGCUGCGAAGUCAAUGGGAUUUUGGGGCGCCAAGGUUCCAUUGCCAUACUGUCCAGAGGAAGGUCAUAAGGGUCUCAAGAAGAAUGUCGAGUUCCUGAGAAAACACCGUGAGAGCGUUGGCCCUGAUUUCCCAAUCAUGGUUGACUGCUACAUGAGUCUGAACGUCUCGUACACCAUUGAACUUGCAACGGCUUGUUUGGAUCUCAAUAUCAAUUGGUGGGAGGAAUGCCUCUCUCCUGACGACACGGACGGUUUUGCUCAAAUCAAGCGAGCCCACCCUCAGCUCAAAUUCACCACUGGAGAGCAUGAGUAUUCUCGAUACGGCUUCCGAAAGUUGAUUGAAGGACGAAACUUGGAUAUUAUUCAACCUGACGUUAUGUGGCUUGGUGGUAUGACUGAACUUCUCAAGGUCGCUGCUAUGGCUGCCGCCUAUGAUAUCCCAGUUGUCCCACAUGCCAGUGGACCAUACAGCUACCAUUUUGUUGUCUCACAAACCAAUUGCCCCUUCCAGGAAUAUUUGGCCAAUUCGCCUGAUGGCAAAAGUGUGCUACCCGUUUUUGGAAACCUCUUUUUGGAUGAGCCAAUUCCAAUCAAUGGCCACCUCGAUGUCACCGAACUCGACAAACCAGGUUUUGGCUUAACUCUCAAUCCUGCCGCUAAAUUGAUUCCAGCGCAAUACCUUUUGACCCCAAAUCCCGAACGACCACUUGGAGGACCUCUUCGCGGACCACUACCAGAAAAGAAGGUCGAGGAAGAAGCAAAGACCGAUGGUGUGAAUGGUAUAGUACAAGGUGUCAAGGACAUGAUCUAGUUUUUGGGUAGGUUUGGCAGGUGUGUACCUGGACACCUGCCUCGGUUGGCUUUUUCACGAGCGGUCGAAGAAUACCUGCAACGUAUCAUUUUGGUCAAUCAUUGGCUGGC